AUGGAGAGUCCUGAAAUAGGGGAUGAAGAAAAUAGAGUUUUGGAAGGAGAUGGUUCCAGAGCUGGUGCUACUUCACGCAAUAUUGUAACUAAUGAAGGAGAUGGAGCCUCAAGAGAGCAUAGCAUGAUUUCGGUGCAAAAACAGGAACCAAAAGGAGAAGAAGAAGAAGAAGAAAAAGCAUGGAGAGUGAUGAUGAAAUUCCAGGGAAGAAUGAUUCUAGUGGCAGUGCAGACACUGCUGAAAAGGAAGCACAUUAGGAGCUGCCUUCAUAUGGUACCAACGCAGACAAGAAGAAAGGGAAGAAUAAAAAAGAUGAUCCUUGUGGAAUCUAAAGAUAAUGAGAUCAAGUUCCAACAUUUGAAGAAAGUCCUGUGCAUGGUGACGCUUUUGGGAACUGUGGUAACCGAUGAUGGAUAUAUACUUAGCGUGCAAAGAAUACCAGAAGGUCGUGUUGGUGCCGGUGGCAAUGGUGAUGCAAAGAGGCAGCCAGUUCUAAUACAGCAUGGGGUCCUUGUAGAUGGAAUGACAUGGCUUCAGAAUCAACCGGAACAAAAUCUACCAACCAUUUUAGCUGAUCAAGGGUUUGAUGUCUGGAUUUCCAACACUAGAGGCACCAAAUUUAGCAGUCGACACACCUCUCUUCAACACAGUCAACAGGAAUUUUGGAAUUGGUCAUUUGAUGAAUUGGCAAAAUUCGACCUUCCAGCACUCUUUGAUUUCGUGUACAAUGAAACAAGACAGAAGAUACAUUACGUAGGUCAUUCUCAGGGAACUUUGACAGCUAUGGCAGCAUUAUCGGAAGGAUUAUUGGUGGAGAAGAUUAAAUCAGCUGCUUUGUUGAGCCCUGUUGCUUACUUGAAAACCACAAUAUCAUUGCUUACUCUUAUUUGUAAAGAAACAAGUAUUGCUAAUUUAUUUGGAGAUUCUGCAUUUGAUCCUAAAACACAACUCCUUCCAUUUUUAAACUUGGGCAACACUCUAUGUGCUGCUUCCAGAGCGAAUUGCUACGAAUUGUUGACUCCAAUAACUGCCAUUCGCAACGGGUUCCUGGCAAAAUACGACUAUGGAUCUUCUGAGGCUAAUAUGCAGCGCUAUGGAAAAGCGAAACCACCUGUUUAUAAUCUUUCUAAUAUCCCCAGUGACUUGCCUCUCUUCCUCAGCUAUGGACUGCGAGAUGGACUAUCUGAUGUUCAAGAUGUUAACCUCUUGCUUGACAUUCUCAAGCCCCAUCAUGAUGCUGACAAGCUCACUACUCAAUACAUCAAGGAGUAUGCUCAUAUGGAUUUCAUUUUUGGAGUAAAUGCUAAGGAUAUUGUUGUUAGAAAGACUGUCCCUGUUCCUAGGCCAACUGCUAAUAUUCAGUCUUAUUUAUACUUUGAAGACUAUUUUGGAAUUGGUUUUGAUUCCAUCAACCAUGACUAUAAAGUGAUGAGACAAAUACUGAGGAAUGGCCGGGGUGGUAAAUCCAACGUGAAUAUGUUUUUUAAUCUAGCAGAUGAGAAGAUUGUCUUAUUGAAUGAAGCAAGUAGUGUUUCAAAGGAGCAUUCCUCUCAUGUUACUGGUCUACGCAGGCGCAAAAAGGGAAAGAAGAAGAAAAGGAAGAAGAUUAUGGAGAUGCCUGAAAUAGUGGAUGAAGAAAAUAGAGUUUUGAAGGGAGAUGGAUCCAUUUCUAAGUUGACGCAGAAGGAGAGAAGAGAGACCGACGCAAAAGUAGGAGGAGAAGAUGUCGGAUUAUCUCCCAGAAGACGUCUUGAUAAAUAUCCUAGUAAGAUUGCCAGUCAAGACAUUAUUGCGAUUCAGUCUAAGGGAGAUGGUCUUCGAAACCGCUGUUUUUUAUACCCAGAUAAGGAUUUUCCUGAAUGCAAUGGACAGGAACUUGGUUUCCCAUUUGAGACGCUGAAAGUUCCAUAUCCUAGUAUUUGUUACAACAAGACUCACCUAGUGGGAUCUAUUAGAAAGACUGUCCCUAUUCCUACGCCAACUGCUAAUUUUAAGUCUCCUGGAUUCAUUGACGACGAUUUUGGAUUUGGUUUUGAUUCCAUCAACCAUGACUAUAAAUUGGUGAGAAUAGGAUAUUUGGAGACUUGGAUUAAUUACGAGGUUAAGGAGACAAAAUUGCCGCCAUUGGUUGAGGUUUACUCGUUCAAGAGUGGAUGUUGGAGAAUGGUGGAAAAUGAUCUGAAAUAUUUGAUUAAGAGGGAUUCAAGGUCUGCUUUCGUGAAUGGAGCUUGUCAUUGGACUACUGUAAGUUCCCGAAACAGAAAGAGGUUUACUGCACUGAAUGUGAUUGUGUUUUUUGAUUUAGCAUAUGAGAAGAUUGGGGAAAUGGUAGUUCCAGAUUGUAUAGUUUCUAGGGAAGGUAUAGUUUCUAGGGAAGCUAUGGACUUGACUGCUGCUGUUUUUGAUGGAUUGCUCUCACUGGUUGCCUCAGGGAGACGGUACUAUGGUGAAGGAAGUUGUUCAAUUUGGCAAAUGAAAGAGUAUGGUGACGCCAAUUCUUGGAUCAAACUUCUCAAUAUUGAACAUUUGAUAUACAAUGUAUACAAUUUUGUUGGAUCUAAGAAAAAUGGUGAGGUGUUUUUAGCUGGUGGUGGAGAGCUAACUUCUUACUCCGAGACCAAAAAUGGGAGUUGUAGAAUUCAGGGCACUAAAAUCAGGGGCUCUACAGGCCCAUUUUAUUUGGAAUCUUAUGUGGAGAGUCUUGUCUUAUUGAAUGAAGCAAGUUGGAUGUCAAUUGAGAAUCCUUCUCCAGGUAAUGAAGGGAAUAGAGUUUCAAAGGAGCAUUCUUCUCAUGUUGCUGAUCUACACAAGAAGGAGAAGGAGAAGAAGAAAGGGAAGAAGAAUAUGGAGAGUCCAGAAAUGGGGGAUGAAGAAAAUAGAGUUUUGGAGGGAGAUGGUUCUAGUUCUAAAAAAGAGGAGAAGAAGAAUGGGAAAAGGAAGACGGAGAGUGAUGAUGAAUUGGGAGGGAAGCAUAAUUGGAGUGCCAGUGCAGACACUGCUAAAAAGGAAGCGCCAAAGGAGCUGCCUUCUUCUGGAAUCUCGGAUCAGAUACUAUCCUCCUCCGUCUUCUUCAUUGAUUUGUGCUUUAACCAAAUGGGGUUGUGCUUUCCUUCAACACCCAAGAAAUUAGGCAUGACUAUAGGAUUAUUUGCUUCUGGAGCUGCUCUAUUUGCUGCUGGCUUGCAUCUCUCUUAUGUCAACAUUGCUCCUCAACAAGCUCGCAUCAAAGCUCGAAAUGAUUUUGUCAGAGACCGAUUAAGAAAGAAAUAUGGCAAAGAAUAG